CCCUCUGAAAUAUGAUUCUAGUUUUUGUGGUUAUUUUCGUUCCAUUAUGUAGUAGACUCGAACUGGCUAUAGUACUCAUGCUGCCUCUUACCGUAAUCUUAGACAAGCUGUUCUGUUCAUAUAAGAAGUUCAAAUGAGGAAUCGACUACCGUGAAGAUUUGUGGUUUUCUUGUUUUGUUUUGUGUUAAAUGAGUACUAGAGGAUGUUUCAAUUUUCAACCUAGAUUUUCACUCAUUAAUUCUUCAAGAAAUGAAGGAAGUGAAUUAGAAGAUGCUUGUAUAGUUGUAUUGUGUUAGUAGGUUUACGUGUGAAUGAAACAGUGAAAGAAUUGUUGCUGCUGCUUCAGAUGCUUCCUCUUCUUCCUUACUAGCCUCAUCUAUUUAUAAUAUUUUACAGUGUUAGCAAUAUGUCUUUUGUGUUAAAUGAGUACUAUUCAAGUUUCAGCAAAGGUUUUGAUUCAUUAAAUUUUUUAAGAAAAGAAGGAAGUGAAUCAGAAGAUGCAUGUGUUAUGUUAGGUUUGCGCGUGGAUGAGACAGUGAAAGAAUUGUUGCUGUCCACUGUCACACGAUCUUUAAAUUUAUUUGUUCAUUGACCAAAAAGAAAAAAAGAAAAAGAAAGAAGGAUUGUUUUGUGGAGCUUUGAUUUAAAUAUUUCUGUGUGAAUUAAUGUUUUGUGGAGCUUUGAGGUGAGAUGUCUGCAGAAGAUGUUGCAUCACUUAAACCCUUACAUCUCCGUUAUGUUUCAGAAGAUUGAACCCCACUUUCUUACAGAUUGUUGAGAUCAUCAGUUCUCAUCCACACGAUGAUAUAGUUAUUCCAAUAUACUCAUUGGAUUUGGGUAUGGCCAGAACGAUUACAGAUUAUGCAUCUCCUUGGAUUUCACGAAAACUUCGCGACCCAGACUUCUAUUACUAGAGUUCGUGCCGUCCCUCAUUACAGUUUUAGCAGUGACACUCUUAAAGAGCUGAAUGAAUUCCGCGGCCCAACAAUAGGUAUUAUGCCAUCUGGCAUGCCGUGGUCUGUGGCCCGGAAAGAUGGAAAUAUGUCUGGCGGUUCUGCAUCUCACGUAAAGAAAAAAGAGUGCAGCAGGAAUACCGGAAGUUUGGGUGGUAAUUUAGGAAGUGUUACAAAAUACUAUGAAGUUCCUUAUUCUACUCACUCAUGCUAUUCUGAGAUACAAGAAUUCAUUGAGCUUCUCCGGCCUGUUAAUAUCAAAGGCAUUGUGUCUUCGAGAUCAUGUUGCAUUGACCCUCGUUACUACUUUGGUCACCUUUGUGGACCUGAGCAAGCGCUCUGGAGGGUACAGCAGAAACUUGACUAUGAGGAAGGUUUAAGGAGAGCUGAAGUUGCUGACAUAAAACCUAUAACAGAAUGUGUAAUCCAUGUGUCAAGAAGGAAAUGGAAGAAUGAUCACAUCGAGUUUUUUGGUAUGCGCACCCAGCUGGUUGAGGAGGUUGAGCCGUGGAGUUAGAAUUACAGAAUCGGAGUCUCUUCCUGAAUGACUCGAAAUCAUGACAGUGUAUAUCCACUUAAGAUGUUUAGGCGGAAUGGUAAAUGUAGCUGUGUAAUCAGUUGUAAUUAAAUGACCUUUUCAAUCUA